GUGGGCGGCCAUGUUUUAUCUGUGAUGGCUCGGACCCCUUCGCGUCGGGGGGCGGGUAAAAAUCCCAGGACCAGAAUUCUGCCGAAAACAGCCGAAAAGAUCGCGCAACACAACCAUCCUGCCUACUUUGCUGAUUCGCCUCACCUACGUAAUCGCGCACCCGGACAUGACGACCGUGGCGUCAUCCAGCGAAGACUAGUAUCGUAGUGCCGGAUUCGCCGCACAUCCCCAAUGGCGCUCCUCUCCGCGGCUGGCCCGACGUCGCUCCCAUCGCGCGGCCAGCGGCGGAAACGAGUCUUUACCGCCACCGUCUGCGCGAUAUCGGCCAUCGUCCUGUCGCUGUGCUGUUACCACACGCACAUCGCGAACCAGCUAUCGCUUCAUGUCCCCUCGGCCCCAUUGCGGCUGUUUUCGACCCGGCCCUCGCAUCCGUCUGCGCAGAGCGAAGAAGCAGCAGCAGCAGCAGCAGAGAUGGCAGGACUCGCCGAGCCAAUGAUGUCCCCCGAUCACGGUCCAUCGCCACCCUUCUCCUCCUCCUCAUUUACGCACCCGGUGCUCCUCAGCUCCUUGCCCGCCUCGGCCCUGCCCGGCCGGACCGGCAGCGGCGGCUCGCGGCGGCUCGUCGUCGUCGGCGACGUGCACGGGCAGCUGGACGCGCUGGACGCGCUCCUCGCCGCCGUCGGCUACUCGCAGCGGCGCGACACCCUCGUCUUCGCCGGCGACCUGGUGAACCGGGGGCCCGACAGCGCCGGCGUCGUCGCGCGCGCCAUGGAGCUCGGCGCGCGCGGCGUGCGCGGCAACCACGAGGACCGCGUGCUGCGCGCGUGGGCGCGCCACGUCGGCGCCGAAGCGGACUCCGCCCCCGACGACGACGACGACGACGACGACGAGGGGGGCAGCCGCAGCUCGGAAGCGGGCGCCGGGACGGGGGAAGAGGAGGGCGAUGCGCCGGCGGGAGAAGCAGCGGCGCAAGAAUCGCUACGCGAAGAGAACAAGCACGAGCACAGAGAGAAGAAGAAGAAGAAGAAGAAGCACUCCAAGUCCAAAGCCGCCGACCUCGCCACGGCCGCGAGCCUGACCCCGGCGCAGCGCGCCUGGCUCGCGGACCUGCCGGUGAUCCUGCGGCUGGGCGCCGUGGCGCCGCGGUACGGGGACGAGGUGGUGGUGGCGCACGCGGGGCUCGUGCCGGGGGUGCCGCUGGCGCGCCAGGACCCGCGCGCCGUCAUGACGAUGCGGACGCUCGUGCGCUCGCGCUCUGCCGCCGCCGCCGGCGGCUCCUCCCCCCCUCCUCUCACGCCUUCCGACCCCGGCCCCGACUCCUCCGACGCGACCGCCUACCUCCGGACCCUGCGCCCGAGCGACGGCCGCGACGGCCGCCCCUGGGCCGAGGUCUGGAGCGAGCUGCAAGUCGAGCUGGCGCGGCGCCGCCGCCACCACCACCACCAGCACCACCAGCAGGAGGGCUCCGCGUCCCCCCCCGCUCCCGCCGUCGAGCCCGCACGCGACGCCGACGCCGACGCCGACGCGCGCGUCGCGACCGUGGUCUACGGGCACGACGCGCGCGCGGGCCUGCGCGUGCGGCGCUACGCCUUCGGGCUCGACAGCAACUGCGCGCGGGGCGGCGCGCUGACGGCCCUCGUCUUCGAGGCUGCCGAGGAGGGGGGGCGCGACGGCGACGACGACGACGGCGGCGGCGGCGUGACGCACCGCAUCGUCAGCGUGCCGUGCCGCGGGAAGGAUAAGGGGAAGAAGGACGACAAGGGAGGGGAGAAAGACGAGAAGGAGAAGGAGAAGAAGAAGAAGAAGAAGAAGGGGGGAAAGGGAAAGGGAAAGGCGGAAGAUGCCGAGGGCGAAGGCGAGGGCGAGAUGUGGGGGGACGGGGCUCUGUAGAAGGGGGCGAAGGAGAAGAGGAGGUAGAAGAGGUAGAAGGGGAGAGGAGACGGCAAUAGAGUAGAGUAGAGUAUAUAUCGCCCAUAUACCUAGACAGAUAGAACCCUCUGCCCAGAAACGAGGGGGGUGAGGUGGAUAGAAGCAUCAGAAUACAGCAUUUCAACCUAGAAGACCAUGUCUAUGCCGGUCCCCUAUUCAGUGACCGGGUGGGCCACCACUUGAUUCAUUCCUAGUUUCCCACAUGAACCUCGUAGUAGGCUUGUCGACCA